AAUGUCGAUUGUAUGUGAACUAAAAGAAAAAUGUUUUUUAAGUGGUCAUAAAAGAAAAAAACAUCUGUCACCUACACGGUUAGCUAAAUCACUAAAGUUAGUUAGGCUGUUAACCUAUAAGACGUUUAUAUCUUGUAAAGUGGUGAAUACGCUAAUUUAGUUAAGUUGUAGCAUACAAUUAUGCAAUAUAUUUCGCGACAGUAGGCCUAUUAGUAACUAUCUCUUCAUCUUAAAGGAACAUACGAUGACAGCACCCUAAUAUUACUGGCCUGCACUAAUUACAAGACAGGCGGCGGGGAACUUCAGAGGGCCAUUCUCAUUACCUUGCAGCUAACCACACUAAUCUUGUGAGCGGCUUAACGCGCCAGUACGUAGCAGCCUGUCUGCCGCAGGCGAGGACAGUUCAGUAGGCUACAGUGCGCUGCAGGCAUGGUGUCUGUAUUGUUGUCUAUGAAACGUGUUGUCAGAAGAUUGAUCCACACCAGCAGCUUAGCCCGCACCAAGUCAGAUGGCUUGGCGUUAUUACUACGAGAGACAUGGCUGGUCUCAAAGUGAAACUGAGAACGAGAAGUCCAGGUUGCUGCAGUGUAACUUGCCCAUGUGUGAGGAGAAUGUCGAUGAAGUUCUUGAACUUCUGUCAGCCCUCAGUGAUGAUCAGAGUCCUCACCUCGGGGCAGCUCUUGGCAACACACCUGGCCGAUCUCCCUGUGGAGCGGAGCCUGCACUCCGACGACGGCAUUUCAACAUUAGCACCCAGCCCGUUGACGUGAGCUGUCUAUACAGUUGGAAUAAAGGCAGCUCAAGCAUGACAGAUCAGGGACCCAAAACUGAGGCAAAAGUAGCUGAGACUGUUCGUGGUAGUAUCCCAGCUACCAACACACGUCACGUUUCUACAGACAAAGAGGAAGGCCGUCCACAUAGAAAACGCUGGGAGAAGCCGGAGGGUGUUUUUGCCAGAGUGGCUCCAUUUUAUUCCCAGGAGUCCCGAAGGCCUGGAGAGAGGAGGGUCUGUUUUGGCAGGGAUCAGAUAGAUGCUAGUGGGGAGGUAUGUGAGAGCCAGAGACACUUGAAACAGAGGGAGACCCUCUCCACAUUUGAGGAUCUUCUGGAGUCCUCCUGGACAUCGGCAGCCUUACACAGAUCAAUGCUGGACCUGGAGAAUAAUGAACAAGAGGGCUGUUCCACCUUCAGCAGAAUAGAGUCCAUACUCCAGAAAUCACUUAGGCAUUCUGAUUGUGACUCUAAGACCCAGCCGUCAUUUCGAGAAGUUGAUUAUCAUUCAGAGCCAAAUUUAAGCCUAUUUCCUGUUAAAAAGUCGUCAAAAAGCUUGGGGAUAUUAGGGAGUCAGGCACAAGAUAGGGGCAGAGCCCUGAAAUCUGCCUUUGGUCCCAGACUCAGGUCACCUCAGGAAGAGCGCUGCCUGCAAGAGGCCUUUUCUCAGCCCGGUCUUAGGCCGACAAUGUCAGCCUCUGAGAGAGACUUAAAAUGUCGCUCCUCAGAACCAUCUCCUCUUCUUCCCUCUGGUGACAGAGAAUGGUGUGAGGACUGUGGACUAGCAGUGGCUGAGCCUGUGGCGGCAGGAGAGACGCUCGUGCCAAGUGAUCCGUCAUGGAUCGAGAAACUUGAAAUGAAGGAGAAACACUCGGGCCAAACAAAUCUGAAGGUGAAGGAAGGCUGGAAGUCCACUCAGGGACCACUGGAGCGAAACCACGGAGAUAAGGUCUCGCAUUCCUUCAACGGCCAAUCACGCCUGGGCAUCAGCGGGCCAUUUGAGGAUGCCACUCCCUUUGACGGAUGGCGUCUCUCCUCAAAGCAGAUGAAGUCACUUAGUAAAACUCAUUCAGCCAGAGGACAAAGCAGUAAAGUCAAACCUGAUCGCCUCUCUAGGACGGGGCUGAAAGACGCGUUGAAAGCGGAGCCACUGUCUACACAACCGCAGUCCUGUCGGCUUCCUGAAGGCGGAGAGAUUUACGGUCCCGGAGAGGCGGUUGGGACAGACGAGAGGUUCCAGGCGCUGUACAGGUUCCGUCUGCUGCAGCGCUGUUUCAGACGUUGGGCUGGGCAGCACAGGUGCCUGGGCAUCGCCCGCCAGUGGCACCGCUGGAGGGUCCUCUCGUCUGCCCUCGGUGCCCUGGAACAGGCAGCGGAGAAGCGCCACACGCAGACACACACACUACAGCACAGACACAGAGCUCUGACGCUCACACGAGCCUUCCAGCAUUGGAAGGCUCGAGUGGCAGGCAGGCAAGGCCAGAGGUCCAGCCGGAGCACAGAGCAUGAUGGGCCAGUGGAGGACCUGCGGAGGAGGCUCAUCCAACCCAGUAGCGCACUGGUGCUGCGCAGGGCAUACUGCACCUGGAGGAGACACUCACAGGGCCAGGAGCUCCUCAGGGCAGCACUCAUACACUACCACCUUGCCCUGCUGUUUAAGCACUGGUUGCAGUGGAGGCGUGAGUGUGUGUGGCAGAGGCGGCAGGCGGAGCAGGAGGAGCAGGCCGCCCAGGUGUGGGGUCUCACACUCCAGACGCACACCUUCACCGUCUGGAGGACAGCCAGCUCCAGACACCAGCGGGCCCGGCAGCACUGGGGACGCCGGCUGGCCAAACGAGCUCUCGCUGCCUGGAGGUCAGCCUACCAGAGACAGCAGCAGGCCACGGUGCAGCACAGGCUGUCUGCAUUAGUCAGGGCGUGGCGUGUGUGGGUGGAGCGUUUGGAGCUGAGGAGGCGUGGUCGUUUGGUGGAGGCGAUGGAGAGCGCUGAGGUGCACAGGAGGAGUGUGCUCCAACACUGCCUCCUAGUGUGGCGGAGGAGAACUGCCAGACGACACACCAGCAGAGAGAGAGAGGAUCUUACAGCCAGGAAGGUGCUGGAGCACUGGCGACGGCUUCCCCAUCAGCGCUCUCUGCUCAGACUGGCCUGCAGCCUGCAGCAGCUCUUCUCCAGGAGGACACUAGAAGUGGCGUUUGGGAGGUGGCGUGCAGCGAGAGCUCAGGUGGAGGCGAGGCUCGGCCAGGAGGAGCGAUUGCGCCUCCUACAGGACAGGAGGAGACUGCGGGCGGCUCUGAGGAGGUGGAGGAGGGGGCUCAGAGUCAGGAGGGGAGUGAGAGACAUGCAGCAGAGGAGCCAGGAGACACAGCUAUCCAACUGUCUGAAGGCCUGGAGGGGGUUAGUGCAGAGGGGAGCUACGCUGUCUUUCCUCUGGGACCUACGGGAAGAGCAGAGGAUCAAACAGAGCUUUCAGCACUGGAGGAAUGCCAUGGAGCUUCGGACUCAACACAAACACCUGCUUCUGUCCCUCCUGUGCUCUAGACAGCACAGCUUCCUCCAAACCCAUGAACACACACCCCAGUCAACCAGGCAACACACACCAACGGAAAGAGAUAAUGAUAGCUGCAGUGUGAUGGAGACACAGAGGAGUCUGGAUGAGUUGUGUCACAAUCUCCUCCUGCAGAAGGCUCUGCACACCUGGAGGGAGAACACACUCAACAUGCACAAGGCCAGUCUGUUCUGUGUGGCCCAGGGGAGGGAGCGUGCCUGCGUGGUGCUGAGGCGUUGGCACCAGCUGGCACAGGAGGAGCAGAGCAGCGGGGUGCUGAGGUUCACUGCCAGACUGGCACAGCUGGCGCAGGGCACACACACCUCCUUGGCAUUCAGCACCCAUGGUCCUCUCUCUGCAUCAGAGAUCACGGCUGGGAGUGGAGGAAUCUGCCGCCUCGCUGACCAUCGCAGUGCUGAGCUGAGUGACUGGUCCUUCAGCCUGAGCCACAGAGAGACACACUGCCCCCUGCUGACCUCCUCGCCACACUGCACCCAGCUGGCAGAUGUGUGUGUAGCUGAUGAGACGACUGCUAGUGGAGCCUCGCCCCCCAGCGCACACAGAUUAAAGAUGGUGGCAGCGUCUGCCCUGGUCAGGAUGCUCCGGCCAGCCCUCGCCCAGGCCUUCAGCCAGUGGAGGAGUGUGACCGUAGCCAGUAGAGACAUGAGACGCCGCGCCAAGCUCCACGGGCAGACUCACACACACACACACCUCAGACGCGCUUUCAGCAUCUGGAGGAGGGAGCGGCAGAAGAACAUGGCAGCAGCAAAACACAGGGACCGAAGUUUGCUGUUGCGUAGUGUGUGUGUGUGGAAGGAGUGUGUGUGUCAGAGCAAGAGAAGUUUGGCUCUGAAGCAGAGGGCAAACGAGUUCCACCUCAGCAACCUCCUCACACACAGUUACUCACACUGGAGACAGCAGUGCUCUCUGAGAACAGUGAGGUGUGACCCAGAGGAAGAGGCCCAGCUGAUGCGUAAGGGGGCGUGGCUCCAGAGGUCAGGGGUCAGACGGAGGCUCAGCUGGAGCUUCAGCCUGUGGGCGGCACGAGUCCGACAGAACCACGCCGUACAGGCUGUCUAUACACACACACUGUUUAGCAGAGUGUUUGUGGCGUGGGAGGUGUGUGUGCGUUCUCGCAGGCAGAGGGCACGCCUCGCUCAGGCUCACCUUGAGAGGAGUGUGUGUGAGAGAGCCUUCAGGUGGUGGAGAACCAGCACUGCUCAGCAUCAGCUGGCCAACCUCAGGACAAUACACACACUACACACACUCGCCUCUGUCUGCCUGCAGCGCUGGAACACACACACACAGCUGUGUACAGUGCUAUGUGAGGUUGAGAAGGUGAGGGAGAGGAGGAUGAAGAGAAGAGCUCUGCUGAUGUGGACUGAGGCACUGGAGAAGCAUCAGAGAGCCCAACACACACACCAGCUAACUCUCAUGAAGAGCUGUCUUCAGCGUUGGCAAUGGCACGCGCAGCACAGUGUGUGUGUGCGAGCCGUGUGUGUGUGGCUGCAGGGUACGCGAGAGGAGCGGAGCUUGCAGUGGGCUCUGCAUGUGUGGAGAGGGCGUCUGCGCCUGCGUCUGCGCAGGAGAGAGUACGCGUGGCACAGCGUGGGUGCACUGGCAGCGGUGUGGAGAGAGAGGGCGCUGGAGAGCAGAGCACAGAGACACAGAGAGGACAGGGUCACACUGCUGGCCAAACAGUGUCUCACAGCAUGGAGGACCUAUACUGACAGCGUGUGUGUUGAGCGUGUGCUAGUGUGUGAGUUUGAGGAGGAGAGGAAGAGGAUGAGGAAGAGUAGAGCGUUGGCAGCAUGGAGACUGGAGGCCCAGGUGAAACAGGCAGAGCGCCACUACCACUUCAGACUGCUGGGGGGCGCUCUACAGCACUGGAGGAGCUCUCUGAUUGGCCGGAGCAGGAGCAGGGAGAGAGCGCUGGUUGCGGUAUGUGUCUGGAGGCAGAGAACCUUCCAGAGUCGUGAGCUGAUGGAGAGAGCGCUGGAGUUUCGGCGGCGGCGUCACAUAGCAAUGCUCACACACUGCUUCCUGCGUUGGAACAUGGCAUGCGCACACACACACAUCAGCCAAGACUUUCACCGCAGGGCAGUGUGUAAGAGAGUUCUGCUGGGUUGGUACCGACACGUGGAGACGACCCAGAGGAACCAGUACAAGGAGGCCUGGUUCCAGUGUGGCCGUGAGCAGAGGCUGGUGAGGGCCUGUUUCACACACUGGCAGGGAGAGAUGCGCCAGGCUGGGCUCAGGCAGGCUGCCCUGGAGCAGAAGCUGUGCCAGCUCAGCAUGUGGCAGACGGCACGGGCCCUGCAGUACUGGAGAGCAGCCACUAGGAGGCGAGCUGCACAGAAGAGACACAGCAGGAGUCUGUUGCAACAGUGUUUUAGUGUGUGGAGGGAGAUCACAGAGGAGGUUUGUGUGGCUGACGACCUGAGAGUGGAAAACGAGAGAAGGGCAGCAAGAGAGGCUCUCAUCUCAUGGGUGAAAUGGGCCAAAGAUCGCAGGGCUCAAAGGAUGAUGGUGGAGGCUGUGUGUCUGUGGUUGGAUGGCAGAAGGGUUUCUAGAAGUUUCUACCUGUGGCUCAGAGCUCACCAGCGCCACCAAGAGGCUUCACGGCACCACAACAUACUUCUGUUACGCAGAAUGUUCCAGGCCUGGCAUUCAGUCACUGCGCACACUGAACUGCUGUGUGAAGACAUGCGGGCAGGAGUGUGUAAGACACUCAUGCGGCAGGUGUUCCACGCGUGGCAGAGGACUGCGUUAUCCCAGAGGACCGUGCGAGUGUGUGAAGCGAGGAGGAGAGGCGUCCUGAGGGGAGCACUCAGUGUCUGGAGGAAGAAGUUUCAGACUCGUCAGAGGCGUGUGCUAGUGCUGUGUGAGGGUGUGUUCUCACACUGGUUGCAGUUGGUCCACAGGAGACGAACGGAGAGAGAGGUCCAGAGACAACACAGACUAAUGAAGCGGUACUGGUGUGUGUGGCGUGAGUGUGUUCAGGACAGCAGGUACCAGAGGAGGCUGAUGCAGCUGCAUUGGGCCUGCUGGAAGAACCGCACCGCUACCUCACUCAUCGUAUCAACUAUGCAUAGUGACUCUGUGCAGCAGUGGGCUUGGCUGGUGUGGAGGAGAAGGAGAAUAAGAAGCAGAGUAGCACAGAGUUUCAGCUCCGUUCUCAACAGAACACUACUGUCUGAGGCUUUCUCUGUGUGGAGAAGACGCACACUCCAUCCAGGCUGAACCGUGUGUGUGUGUGUGUGUGUGUGUGUGUGUGUGUGUGUGAGUUUAUAAGCGCAUGUCUGUCCUUGAAGGUAUUCUUUGAAGCUGCUCUCUCUCUCUCACACACACAAACUGUACCAACUGGUCCGAAUCUCACAAUUGAAGUUUUGGAGGUGCACCCUACACUCUCUCUCUCUCUCUCUCUCUCUC